AUGAAUCCUCUGGGGCCCCCCAGAACACACUACAGGGCCCCCCAGAACACACUACAGGGUCCCCAGAACACACUACAGGUGGCCCCCCAGAACACACUACAGGGUCCCCCAGAACACACUACAGGGUCCCCCAGAGAACACUACAGGGUCCCCCAGAACACACUACAGGGUCCCCCAGAGAACACACUACAGGGCCCCCCCAGAGAACACCACAGGGCCCCCCAGGGAGAACACACUACAGGGUCCCCCAGAACACAGGGUCCCCAGAGACACAGGGCCCCCAGAGAACAGGGCCCCCAGAACACACUACAGGGCCCCCAGAACACACACCCCCAGAACACACUACAGGGCCCCCAGAACACACUACAGGGCCCCCAGAACCCACAGGGAGAACACACUACAGGGCCCCCAGACAGGGUCCCCCGGAACACACUACAGGGCCCCCCAGAACACACACAGGGCCCCAGAGUACAGGGCCCCCCAGAGAACACUACAGGGCCCCCCAGAGAACACUACAGGGCCCCCCAGAACACACUACAGGGCCCCCCAGAACACACUACAGGGCCCCCCAGAGAACACUACAGGGUCCCCCAGAACACACUACAGGGCCCCCCAGAACACACUACAGGGCCCCCCAGAGAACACUACAGGGCCCCCCAGAACACAGGUCCCCCAGAACACAGGGGCCCCCAGAACACCCCAGAGACAGGGUCCCCCAGAACACACUACAGGGUCCCCCAGAGAACACCCCCAGAGAACACUACAGGGCCCCCAGAACACACUACAGGGCCCCCCAGAACACACUACAGGGUCCCCCAGAACACACUACAGGGUCCCCCAGAACACACUACAGGGCCCCCAGAGAACACACUACAGGGUCCCCCAGAACACACUACAGGGUCCCCCAGAACACACUACAGGGGGUACAGGGUCCCCCCCCCAGGGUCCCCCAGAACACACUACAGGGCCCCCCAGAACACACUACAGGGGCCCCCCAGAGAACACACUACAGGGCCCCCCAGAGAACACACUACAGGGCCCCCCAGAGAACACUACAGAGGACUAGACAGGACUGACUAG